AUGAAAGCGAAGGUCAAAGAGGCUCUGGCCAGACCUUCGUACAAUGUUUUUGAUUUUUACCAUCGGAAGGGAUUCUUUCAAUGGGUGGCCAAGUCCAAUGCUUUCGAGACGGUGACAUUGGUCGUCAUAGGUAUCAAUGCGCUCUGGCUCGCCCACGACACAAACAGCAACCAAAGCGAAUCAUUGCUCUCUGCGCGGAUUGACUUCCAAGUCGCAGAGAUUUUCUUUUGCACGUACUAUGCCAUCGAGCUCUUCGUGCGCUUCAUGGCAUUCAGGCGCAAGUGCGACUCUUUGCGCGACGGCUGGUUUGUGUUCGACAGCCUCCUGGUGCUGAUGAUGCUUGGGGAGACCCUGCUCCUCUCGGUUCUGCUGCUGCUUCUGGGGCCAGAUGGGCCGGCUUCCACGGCCGUGGGAAAUGCAUCGAUCCUCCGUCUCUUUCGGCUUUUGCGGCUCUCGCGGAUGGCACGGAUGCUCCGGUCGAUGCCAGAGUUGAUGAUCCUGAUCAAGGGCAUGGCUGCUGCCGCCACCUCUGUGUUCUUCGUGAUGUGCCUUCAGCUUAUCCUGCUCUAUGUGUUUGCGAUCGCGUUCACGCAGCUGGCCAGCGGCACGAUGAUGGGUGACUACUACUUCCCGGAUGUGUUGCACUCCAUGUACACCCUGCUCCUUUAUGGCACCUUCCUGGACAACUUGUCGCAGUUUUGUGACGAG